ACAUGCUUUAGUACCGCCGUUUUCAUCCAUUCUACCAACAUCACCAUGGCGACAACACUGCUACCCACCCCUGUCCCCGGGGCCAACGGCACACCCAUAGAAUCAACCACCCUCAACUUCACCGGCAAUACAACCGUCUGGACAAAACAGACCGAAGAGGAAGCCAUCCAGAACUUUUGGAUCGGUCUGGGACUUGCAGUCUCGUCCGCGUGUUUUACUGGAAGUAGUUUCAUCCUCAAGAAGAAGGGGCUGCUGAACGCGUCACGGAAGCAAGGUGCUCGCGCGGGUGACGGAGGCUUCGGGUAUUUGAAGGAAUGGCUUUGGUGGGCUGGCAUGAUUAUCAUGAUCCUAGGGGAGAUUAUGAACUUCAUGGCGUACCUCUUCGCACCUGCCACUCUCGUCACGCCCCUCGGCGCCCUCAGCGUCAUCUGCAGUGCGCUCAUGUCCAGCUACUUCCUGAACGAGAAGCUAAACCUCCUUGGGAAGGUGGGCUGCCUGCUGUGCCUCCUCGGUUCCACCCUGAUCGUAGUCCACUCGCCCGAGGAACAGGAAAUACAGACCAUGAAGAGCCUUAAAGACCGGAUACUCGAGCCUGGCAUAAUCAUCUUGUCCCUGUGUCUAAUUGCCAUCGCACUGGUUAGCAUGUUUGUGCUGGCCCCUAAAUGGGGCCAGAAGAACGUGCUGGUGUACGUCAGCGUCUGCUCGACCCUGGGAUCCUUCACCGUCAUGGGAGCUAAGGGCUUCGGCGUCGCCAUCAAGGAAACGUUCUACGGACGAAACGAAUUUGACAACUUCUUAACUUACGUAAUGGCGGCGAUUGUGAUUGAUUGUAGUUUGAUUGAACUCGUGUAUCUCAAUAAAUCCCUAGACACAUUCAACACGGCGAUAGUGACGCCAACGUAUUACGUGUUAUUCACGUCAUGUGCUGUGAUGUUUUCAUUAGUGAUGUUUAAAGAGUUCGGUAGGAUGACAUUAGAAGAUAUCAUCGGAGCUCUUAUAGGUUUCAUGGUCAUUAUAUCGGGUAUAUUUUUACUGAACGCUUUCAAGAACAUGAACGUCUCGUUACGAAAUUUGCCGAAAGCUCAGAAGAGGCCGACAUCUCUAAGUUCCCAGAACGGUGACGUCAUGACACAGGUUGCCCAUGACGACCACCAUCUUCUCGAAGAAAACGAGAAUCUCAGCCAUGACGAGGAGCCCGUUGCCCUUGGCGACCGGAGUCACACGGGCAUUUACGAGGACGAUCCCGAAAGUCCGGUUUACUCAGAUUUAAAUAAAAUGACUGAGGGUCUAACGACUGAUUCCAACAGUAACAUUUCAUACAGCAGCAAUGUGAAUACUAGUCUAGUUAUUGAAUAAUAGUUGCAUAAUAACAAUGUGCAAAUGUUUUUGUUUUCAUAAGACUUUUUUUUAUAAUCACAGUAUUGAAUCAUUUAACUAGGCAUCCAUCUUGAUGCUCAUCUUGAUUUGUACAUGAAGAUUAUGCCCAUUAUAUUUUUGCAAAACUGCAAAUUGAAUUUCUCGUUUACCAAGAAAACGGUCUUUUUCUCGGUUUAUUUUUUUCUUUAAUUUUGUAUUUGUUUUCAAAUAGAUAUAAUUGUAUAAUUGAGGUAGAAAUUGAUUGAUUUAUUUUAGUACACUUGUACACAAGGAAUAUAUUUCAAAGCAAUAUGCAUAUAAUGCAUAAUUUAGGAGCUUUUAGAUACUCCGCAUUUAAUUAACAAAAUUUAAAUAUCCCGGAUCGGCCUUUGUAGAACAGAGGCUUUUUUGUAUAAUAUUCGGAAAAUGUUUGUAAGAGAUGUUCAUUUCCACCAUUUAACGAUGUGUUUGUAGGCCAUCACAUAUCACCAUUACAUAUCACAGUGUUUUUUGUCUUUCAUAAUAUUGGAGACAUAUGUAAAGGGAACUAACCUGAAAAUCUGUGAUAGGACCGUAUUUGGUGCAUUCGGAACUCCUCGGCCAUUUUCUAUCGAAAACAACCACAGAUGCCGGUACAUAACGAAAAGUAGUUCUUUAAAUUUUGAUUAAAAAUAUUUGAUAUUAUAUUAUUAACUAAAUGUAGUGUUUAAGCUUGUAUUUGUAGAUUUAAAUUUAAAUCGAUUGCAAUGGAAGUAUAUUAUUGCGAACAUAAUUAAGAUUCCCAAGAGUUAAGUCAUUAAGUUUAAUUUCUAAUUUGAAAUUACUACGAGAUCUAUUUGCAGCGUAGUUAAAGUCUAAAGAUUUCUGACAUUGUAAACCGUCUAUAUACAUUCGAAGUUGUUUUCGAAAGAAAAUGGCCGAGGAGUUCCGAAUGUAUUUGGUGUUGUAAUGAUGUCAUUAUAACUAGAACAAUCAAAUUGUACACUGGGUAUUAUACUUGGAUGCAAAAACAUAUCAAGAUAAUCAGUAACCAUGGAAACUGUAUAUCGUUGUUGUGUCUAUUGUCUAGCUUCAUAGUUCAAUGUUUAAUUUCUCUUCUUAAUCAUUCCCCUAGACAUCAACAACAUUAUUAGGAGUUAGUUUCAUAUCAUCAUUGGCAGCUUUAAUAACAUAUCGCUAAUACUUUCCUUCAAACAUGUUGUAAUUGUUUACCGUUGUCCUCUGUACGUGUAGCUUUGUUUCCCUUUUGUAAUAGAUAUCCAGUCGGCAAUAUCUUUGAUAGACAGUGUACUCAAAUUUUGAUUGUAUAUAUGUAAAGUACCUUUGAGAUUUUACAAAUCCUUUGAAGUUCAGACAUUUGAUAUUCUUUUGUAUCUUCAAAUGAUGCUGAAUGUUUGUGCCUGUAUGUUUCGCGAAUGUAAUCACACUGAUCAUGUUAUACGAUAACACAACCUACAUGUAGUAUUCGUUCUAAAAUGAACUUUAGUUAUGAAACCUACAAAUAAAGUCAGUUAAUAAGUGAACAUAACUGAUAUUACCUACAUGUAGUGACCGUUUAUAAAUGAACACAGUAUAAAACCUGCAUGUAGUGACCGUUUAUAAUGAACACAGUAUAAAACCUGCAUGUAGUGAUCGAUUAUAAAUAAACACAGUAUAUAACCUACAUAUAGUGAUCGAUUAUAAAUGAACACGGAUUGUAAAACCUACAUGUAGUGACCGUUUAUAAUGAACACAGUAUAAAACCUGCAUGUAGUGAUCGAUUAUAAAUAAACACAGUAUAUAACCUACAUAUAGUGAUCGAUUAUAAAUGAACACGGAUUGUAAAACCUACAUGUAGUGACCGAUUAUAAACGAACAAACUACAAAACCUACAUGUAGUAACCGAUUAUAAAUGAACACAGAUUUUAAAACUUACAUGUAGUAACCGAUUACAAAUGAACACAGAUUUUAAAACCUACAUAUAUUGAUCGAUUAUAAACGAACAUAGUAUAAAACCUACAUAUAGUGAUCGAUUAUUAACAAACAGAGUAUAAAACCUACAUAUAGUGAUCGAUUAUAAACAAACGCAGUAUAAAACCUACAUAUAGUGAUCGAUUAUAAACAAACGCAGUAUAAAACCUACAUAUAGUGAUCGAUUAUUAACGAACGCAGUAUAAAACCUACAUAUAGUGAUCGAUUAUAAACGAACGCAGUAUAAAACCUACAUAUAGUGAUCGAUUAUAAACAAACGCAGUAUAAAACCUACAUAUAGUGAUCGAUUAUAAACAAACGCAGUAUAAAACCUACAUAUAGUGAUCGAUUAUAAACAAACGCAGUAUAAAACCUACAUAUAGUAACUGAUUAUAAAUAACGGAUUUUAAAACCUUCAUAUAGUGACUGAUUAUAAACGAACACAGUAUACAACAUACAUAUAGUGACUGAUUAUAAACGAACACAGUAUAAAACCUACAAAUAGGAACUGAUUAUAAAUGAACACGGAUUGUCAAACCUACAUGUAGUGACCGAUUAUUAACGAACACAGUAUAAAACCUACAUGUAGUGACCGAUUAUUAACGAACACAGUAUAACACCUACAUGUAGUGACCGAUUAUAAACAAACACAGUUUAAAACCUACAUGUAGUGACCGAUUAUAAAUGAACACGAAUUAUAAAACUUUCAUGUAGUGUAGGUUUAUGUAAUAUACAAUUAUAUGUGUAGGUGACUUGAGAAAUAUGUUUUUACUUGUUUUAUUCCCGACAUAAUAUAUGCUAUUUUCUUUUAUGUAAAUACAAAUAGUUAUGCUCAUAAUACAUGAGGGAUUGUUAUGUAUUUCUGCGGAUAGUCCGUAACAGUGAUCAGUUUUAAAAGACACAAAAUAUUUUAUAAUGAUGUUGCUGUAAUUAGAUUCGAAAUGUUGAAGAAGUAAACCAUAUGUUAUCUUUAGCAAAAAAGGUAAUCAUAUCACAAAGAGCUACUAAUUAUAUUUUACGAAUUAGGACGUAAAUAACAUUUCAAUGGUCCUUAUAUAGUAGCAUUUAGCUUUUAAUUUGUGUAAAUGAAUUUAUAUUAAGCAUGUUGACUUCUGUGCCACUGUUUGUAGGGCCAUAGAACCACUGUCAUACUUAAAUGUGCUUUUGUACAUUAUAUGUCCAUAUUUAUUUAUCGUCUUUAUAUUUCUUAUUUUCAAUCUGUUUUGCUUUAAAUGGAAGCUGUUCACAUUUCAUAAAAUGUUAUAGUUUUAAUCACAAUGAAUUAAAACCUAUACGUAAAUGUUGACAUUUUACGUGUUAUAUGUAACCAUACUUUUAGAAAAUAUUCAUACAAUACCAUCCUUUUACACAUAUCAAGUUUUAUUUGUUUUUAUAUAUAUUGUGGAUAUAAAAUGUAUUUUAUGAAUAAAGAUUAAACGAU